CCCUCCCCAAACCCCCUCCACUACUACUACUACUACAUCUCCAUAGAGAUUCAUUCCCCUUUCCUUUUCUUUUGAAAUUCUAAUUUCGAAACCUGAAAUCCUCCGAUGCCCUCGGAAACUCUCCGAAACCGUCGGCCCCUCUCCAUCAACACCAUGAGUGCCGCCGCCACCACCGCAGAGGCAGCGGAGGAGCCGGAGGAGUUAGAGGAGCCGGUGAGCCCCGCGGGGCGGCUCUUCCACCGGCCAGAGUUCAAUUGCUACAUCAUCGCCGUCAUCGGCCUCGGGAGGCGAAUCGACGACCUCGACACCAUCAAGGCCGGCCUCGCCGCCACCCUCGCCCGCCACCCCCGCUUCUCCAGCGUCCCUGUGUUUGACGAGAGCGCGGGGAAGAAACCGCGGUGGGUCCGGGUGGAUGUCGACGUGGACCGCCACGUCAUCGUCCCCAACCUCCCGCCGCUCCCCUCCGCCGCCGCCGCCGCCGCCGGCGAGCUGGUGGUGGAGGACUACGUCUCGGCUCUCUCCGCCGCCGCCGCCAUGGACGCGACCCGCCCCCUGUGGGAGCUCCACAUCCUCAACCUCCCCACCCCCUCCGCCGCCGCCUCCGCCGUGCUCCGCGCCCACCACUCCCUCGGCGACGGCGCCUCCCUCACCUCCCUCCUCCUCGCCUGCACCCGCCGCGCCGGCGACCCUUCCGCCCUCCCCUCCCUCCCCUCCGCCGCCCCGCGCCCUCGCCCUCACCAUGGCCGCGGCCGCGGCCCCCUAGGCCUCCUCCUCUGGCUCUGGUCCCUGCUCGCCAUGGCGUGGCACACCCUCGUCGACGCCGCGCUCUUCGCCGCCACCGCCGCGUUCCUCGCCGACUCGCCCACUCCGCUCAAGGCCCCGCCCUUGCCCCCCGGGGACCCGCUCGGCGUCGGGCGCCGCCGCAAGCGCUUCGUCCACCGCACUGCCAGCCUCGACGACGUCAAGCGCGUCAAGAACGCCAUGGGCUGCACCGUGAAUGAUGUGUUGGUGGGAGUUACAUCGGCGGGCCUUUCUCGUUACCUCAGCAGGAAAUUUGAUGAAACAGAUGACGUAAAAAAGAGAGAAAAACUACUAGCGAACCUUCGAGUGAGAUCGACACUACUCGUCAAUGUUCGACCUACAGCGGGGAUCCAUGAUUUGGCAGAGAUGAUGAAGGGGGGGAAGGAUGGGCCGAAAUGGGGCAAUUGGAUCGGAUAUGUUGUACUUCCAAUACCGAUUGCACUUUACAGUGACCCCUUGGAUUACAUUCGCAAGGGAAAGGAGAUCGCCAAUAGAAAGAAGAAUUCUUGGGAGGCAUUCUUCACAUACUGGUGUGCCGAUUUGAUCGUCAAACUUUUUGGACUUAAGGCGGCAGCUACAUUGUGCCACAGAGUGCUAAGCAACACCACAUUGUCGUUUUCGAACAUUGUCGGACCGGUCGAAGAAAUCGAAUUCUACGGUUAUCCAAUAGUAUACAUUGCUCCGAGUGUCUACGGGCACCCUCAUGCUCUCACAGUUCACUACCAAAGUUACGUGAACACAGUGGAGAUGGUUAUAGCAGUAGACGAGAUCACGAUUCCGGAUCCUCACCAACUCUUGGACGACUUGGCGGAGUCUCUCGAACUAAUCAAGGAUUCUACUGAAACAAAAUCAUAACAAUCAGACAAACUUAUCUUACGAUCUUUACGCAUGCAACUCGCGCGAACAAAGGGGACAGCAGCGAUCGACAAACGACGAGCAUUUGUUGGUUUCACGAUGCCACACGAGCUUCGCAACAGCACUGCGAAAGAAAAGAAAAGAGAAGAGAAUUCACAAUCGUCGUUGUUUGUUGUAUAAAUUACUACCCCGUCGAGGGUAUUAUUUGUAAUGUAACAUUCUUGAUUUACUUGUUACCAGCAUGAGAUGCCGCGGUGUAGCGCAAAAUGCAUACUUACUGGAAAUUUGAUGGAUGCUAGUAUUUGCAUGGGAGGUGCUGCUGCGGCUAAAAAAGUGUCAUUUAAAGAUACUUAAUUCUUCCUAUUCGUUUUUUUUUUUUUUUUCUAAAUUAAAUGAUAAUGUAAAACGUUAAUCCCAAUAUUAUUAUGUUUCAUGUUUUAUGGUUAUGUAUGUUA